AUGAGCGUGCGGAACACGGCAGUGGCCAUCGACGACGCGCUGGUGUUCCACCACCCGCUGAUGGCGCGGCUGGUGUCGGCGCGCCGCUUCCUGCAGCUCAGCUGGGCGUGGCGGCUCAAGGACGACGACCAGACGCCGGACCAGUUCGUCGACUUCGCCUGCACGCUGUUCAGCGACCGGUAUCAGCGGCUGCUGAUGCGGACGCCGCGCGUUAUGAGCCUCCAGACGUUCCAGCUCUACUACCAUUGUGAUCAGCACUUCAAGACUGGCCGCUACGUUGUGCGUGUGGUUUUCCACAAGCGGCCCGAGGACACGGUGCGCAGCGGCAACUGGAACACAAUGAGCACAGAGCUGCUGGAGAAGCUGUUGAACGGUGUGCCGUUGACCGGCGGUUACUUUACGGCCGCCGGCGGGGCCACCGUUGACAUCGCUAAAUUUUUCCAUCAGCGGGGUGCCUUCUUCGUCGGCUCCGUGGGUGCGCAGACGUACAGGCUGUUGCAUCCGGAAGGCGACGGCAUACCGGCGCCGGAGCCGCCCAGCACGGCCCUCUACGUGGAGCCGUGGCCCGGCAUUCGGGAGGUGGUUCUGUUGCGGGAGUACUCGCGCAACCCCAACUGCCGCAGCUUCAUCGGAUUCCCAAUCACACACCUGCAGCAGACGCACCUGAUCUGCAACAUCGGUGCCGGUGCAACGGUAGCCAGGAGUACAAUGGAACCAGUGGAAAAGCCUCAACAACAACGCAUGCCACAGAACCUUCGCCACCUACACAGCCUGGCGCUGGCAGACCUCAUUCAUGUGCGCAACAACAACGUCACGGGCCGUAUGCUCCUACGCGGAGGCUGCAUGCUCUGGCACCAGCGCGUGCUGCUCCACCUGCUCUUCACCGGCUUCAUGAACGGUUGGCAAGCGCACGCGGUCGCCACGGGCCUGCAGCUCUUCCGGAUGGAGGCAGCCGACGACAUUGUGCACCACCUCACAGGCUUUAUGCUCCAGUACGCUCUGGAGUGCGAUAAGCCCUCGGUGCGUCGCACGCAGCCCAGAGCAGCGGCCGACAGCGAUACCGACGAAGAAGAGGAGCAAGCACCGGGCACAAACGCCGAGGCACGGAGCACGGCACGGCCGGGUGGUGCACGAAUCUUGUCGCUGGCCGUCGGGUCAGACCCACCUGUGUUGGCCACCGCUCAGUGGACGCCCACCGCCAGCACCUUCUGGGCGGGCGUACGCAUGAUGCCGCCCAGCCAGUAUGAUAUGCCGACGUGCACCCACAGGAGGCACCUGAUCGGCCGACGGCACACGGUCUGACGCGCUCAGUUGCGGUCCCAGCCGUGCGACGCGUGUACAGUGUGCAUCGCCACCUGGGUUGCGCGGUGUGCGGCGGCCGCAGCCGGGGCAGGAUCUGGUCUGGUCGCCAACACCGGCGCCUGUGUGGCCGGCAUGUGAGACGCGAUCGAUCACGACGCGAUCGCUCAGACAGAAACGCCACACAGACGGACCACUCUUCAGGGACUGGGCACGCUCCUUCAUCAGGGCCAGCCGCGGCUCAGGGACUGGACACGCUCCCUCAUCAGGACCACCUGCGGCUCAGGGACUGGACAGGCUUCCUUACCAGUUCCGCGGGGCGUGCGGCCCGUGGACUGAAGGCCACAAUUCCUGUGUUGCAAUUGCAGCUGUCUACUCUCGGUACCCCCGACGGUGCGACAGUAUUUGAUCCAUGUGACGUCCGUCAUCAUUGAUGUUUGAACGUAACUGACCGCCAAUUUUAAUUACCGGAUGGGGCUACCGAUGUCUGUAUUUCAGGUCUUUUGCCCCCUUUUCUUGCCCAUUUGUUGGUACACUUCC